CUCUCAUCAAGCGCACAGAACGGGUAAGUCAAUGUACCUAUCUAAUCUACCUUGAAGCUCAAGUCCCAUAAUAGUUCCUGACCAAUUGUCUCCAGAAAGUCGUUUUGGGGUACCUUCCUAGCUCCAACACUUCCACUCUGGAUAUUACAGAAUGGCGGCCGAGGUGAUGGACAUAAAGAUUGCCCAUGGGGCAACAAGAUGGCCAACACGAAUAAUCCUUAUACCGAUGCACCACAGACGGGAAUAACUCGAAGCUAUGACUUUAAUAUCAGUCGAGGUGUUAUUGCACCGGACGGCUAUGAGAAGCGGGUGCUUCUCGUUAACGACCAGUUCCCCGGGCCGUUGAUCGAAGCUAACUGGGGCGAUUGGAUCGAAGUGAGAGUCACCAACUCGAUUACUGACGACCCACCGGAAGGUACCACGAUCCACUGGCACGGCUUUUUACAGACUGGAUCACCAUGGAUGGAUGGUGUACCUGGAGUGUCCCAGUGUCCAAUUCCCCCGGGCAGUAGCUUCACGUACAGGUUUAGAGCAGAGCUUUAUGGAUCGUCGUGGUAUCAUUCCCAUUACUCGGCUCAGUAUGCCGGUGGCCUUCAAGGUCCUAUCGUCAUACACGGCCCGAGGAAUGUGGAUUACGAUAUCGACCUUGGCCCGGUAAUGGUCGGUGACUGGUGGCAUCGUGACUAUUACGCUGUCGUAAAGGAAGUUAUGACCCCCGGAGGUGUCGGCUUGACGACCUCCGACAACAACUUGAUCAAUGGGAAGAUGAACUUCGACUGUUCAACUGUAAAGGAAGGCGAUGAUGCUCCUUGCACGGACGAUGCCGGACUUUCUAAGUUCAGUUUCGAGGCGGGCAAGACUCACCGGCUCCGCUUCAUAAACUCGGGCGCGGAGGGUACACAGCGUAUCUCCAUUGAUGAGCACAACAUGACGGUCAUCGCAAACGACUUCGUCACCAUCGAACCUUAUGAAACCCAAGUUCUCACCCUUGGUGUAGGGCAACGAGUAGACGUCCUCGUCUACGCUCACGCUGAACCAGGAUCUGCUUUUUGGCUGCGUGCUAAUAUGACGUCUUGCUCUAAUACUAACCAGCCAUUGGCCCUUGCUGCAAUCUAUUACGAUGGUGCCGACAAUAAUUCUAUGCCGGCGAGUACUGCAUGGGAUGUACCAGAUCCAGGUGACUGCGCCAACGAUGACCUGUCUGUUACUAAGCCAUACUAUUCUAUGUCCUUGCCCGAGCCCUCAUUCACUCACCAUAUGGACAUCGGCACUACUACAAAUUCUAGCGGCAACUUUCUCUGGGAAUUCGGUGGUGUCGCCGCGCACGUUAAUUACAAUGACCCCCCUCUCCUGCGAGCUGGUCACGGACACGCCGAAUUCGACCCGAAAUAUAAUGUGGUUAAUUACGGCACUAAUUCUUCCGUCCGGAUCGUAGUGAAUAAUCCAGGUCCCUCGCCCCACCCCAUGCACAUCCACGGCAUGAACAUGUUCGUCCUAGCCGCCGGGACGGGUAACUACUCCGCCGAGACAACCGUGCUCAACACGCAUAACCCCAUGCGCCGCGACGUGCAAAUGGUCGUCGCCAAGGGCUUCAUCGUCGUGCAACUAGACGCGUCGCGGAACCCAGGCGCGUGGCCGUUCCACUGCCACGUCACGUGGCACGCAUCCGCCGGCUUCUUCUCGCAGAUGCUCUUCCGACCCGAUCUCUUGCAGAAGCCGGCUUUCAACAUCCCGCACGACGUCCGCCAGACGUGUAAGGACUGGGCUAGAUUUACGAAGACCGUCGCGCUGGACCAAAUCGAUAGCGGUUUGUGAGGCGGAGGCGAAUAUACGAACAGAAUGAAUUAGAGCGAGGGGAGAUUGCGAAUAAUGACAAAAUGGCGUUCUCUACGGAGUAGUAAUCGGAUUGGGAGUGUGUUAUCUACGUCUAAUGUCUAACACAUACAGCAUAGACUAUUGCUCUUUUGUUUUUGUUUUUUUCGGGCUACAUAUUGCAUAGAAAGUGGCGUUGGGUCAAAGAGAGAGGGUAGCGCACCCUCCCCCGAACGAAUUGGGCUUGCAGACGAUUGGCGUCAACAUAAUGACUGUUUUUCAAUGUAUUUACUUCUAUAUAAUGAGAUAGAUGGAAGGAUGGAGUCUGCGUAAAUGAAAUACCUAGGUAUUAGCGCGAUCGAUGGGAUGGGAAUAUAAUGGCCUCGACGCUCCUACAAA